AUGGAGGAAGAUGAUGAUGAUCUCUACGAUCCGACAGAUGUAGCGCCUUCUGGUUCCUCUGCAGCUCAGAACACAGAGCACCAAAGCGGAGACAUAGGCAUGACAGAAGGACAAGGCCACGAAGAGGAGGAGGCAGAAGAAGAAGAAGAAGAAGAAGAAGAAGAAGAAGAAGACGAUGAAGACGAUUUCAAAAUCAUCACUGAAGCUCCCCCAGAGGUAGUUGCAGAGCUUACUACACAAACUUCUCGCCAUCCCGCGCAUCGAAACGAACCCCAAAAAUCUGCAACUGAUCCUGCCAGUGCAGCCUCCAAAGGUGCAACACUGCACCCCACUCCAAAGCCCGGGACGCCGUCCGUAACUCCUGCUGCCACCACGAAAUCUGCAGCUCCUCAAAAGCCAGGGUCCUCAUAUCCGGCUCACCAUACGUCGACGAUCGAUGUAUCGGCUAACCCUGUCCACCCUUCAACCAACAAACCGAUUCUUUCUACGGAUUUAGAUUCAGAUUUUCCUACGGAAGACGAUAAGCCUUGGAGAAGACCCGGCUCAGAUAUCAAUGAUUAUUUCAAUUAUGGGUUUGACGAGUUCACAUGGGCAAGCUACUGCCUCAAGCAGCAAAGCCUGAGAAAAGACAUUAACGACCAAAAGUCGCAGAUGGAGGAUAUGCAGGCAUUCCUCAGUCUUCCUGGAGGCCUGCCGGGAAUGCCGGUACCAGGCGGCCCAGCACCGCCUCUUCCUGGACUAAUACCUGGAGCGGUGGCUGGCGGGGGAGGGAGCGGAGGGAGCGGAGGAACGGGUGGUAGAGGUACUCCCGGCCCUCCUCAAGGAGCAGCUGGGCCAGGAUCACAGAAUGCCAUGCCGGGGAUGCCUUCUGGGAUGCCAGAUCUCUCCCCGGACAUGAUGCAGGCAGUGUUUGCCGGCAUGAUGGCCCAAGGCAUGGACCCUUCAUCAAUGGACCCAAUGACUUUCAUGCAACAUGCACAGGCUAUGAUGGGAGGUGGCCAGCCUGGCGCUGGUAACCCUCAGGUGCCUCAAACCGGGUAUGGAGGCCAGGCUGGUGGACAAGCCUUUUCUGGACAAGCUACCGGGCAGGAACAGAUGGGAUACGGGAGUUAUGACCAGCAUGGAGCGUACAGCAAUCCUGGUGCAAGGGGGAAGGGCAUGCGAAGAUGGUAG